AUGGCGGGCCUAGGAAGGGGCCUUGGAGGUACAUCUGGGCAGCAGAGCUCUAAGGCCCAAAAGAUCCGGGUGCCCAGCAUAUCAUUUGUUCUAGUGUUUGUGGUUGAGCUAGAUCCCGUGCCAGCAGAGGCUCCUGCCUUGCUCCGGAGCUGCGAACACGUCUGGAGCUGUCUCCAGAUGACAGAACCAGAAGGAGAAACUGCUGAAGCCCCCCCAUCCGCAGAAGUGCAGCCAGCCAGUCCAGAACCAACCCCAACACCUACUCCAGAUUCAGACAGUAGCAUUGCCCAGAUUUUAGGAAAGUGGUACAUAAGAAGCUGGGCAGGAAAUAUGCCGAUUACUUCGUGGAAGUGGAGUGAUCCGCUGCCUCCUUUCUCAUUUGAAAGAAACCAGCUUGGUGAAUUGGAGUUCAGGAUGAACCUCACGAAACCCAUUGGCUGCAUUCCGUUCAAGCUGGCCCUGUAUGAGGGAGAGGACCUGGGCAUGUUCUUUACCUGGUGGAGACACACCAUCCAUAUCCACGUCCUGCCCGGGAAGAACUUUGCCAUUGCCUACUUCAGGGGCAAAAUGAACUAUCAGUACUACCAGAUCAUGAUGCUCAUGGACCGCACCCUGGAAGCAGACCUAGAUGCUGUGAGGAUCUUCAAAGAGUUUGUGGAGAGUAAACUCCCCAAGACAGGGAAGAUCAUUACCCCUCCCCACGUUGAAGCCUGUGAUUUAGCCCAAGAUUCCUAG